ACCCCAUAUUUAUAACCCCAACCAAAACUCUCAAAAUUCCCACUUCUCUGCCUACAACUUCCACGUUUGUCCCAAUUCACAAAAACAUAUUCACUACAGUCACAGACACACACAUAUAUAUAUAUAUAUGUAUGUAUAUAUGUAUAGACAAGCUUAGAGCAUAGAAGCUUGGGGAGAAGCAAACUACAAGCAGAUUAUACAUUUUUGAAAAAAAUUCUUUUUGGGAAGAAAGAAUUGUGUGGAUCAAUGAAUUGGUGAAAGAGAUAUGAAGUGUGUGAUGGAUUUGGAAUUUUCAGAUUGUGAGAAGUUAAGGGCCUGUUUGGAUCGAAGAAGAAGAAGAAGAAGAAGAAGAAGACAAAGGCAAUGUAGAAAGGAACAAAAAGUAGUACUUCAGUUAUUACAAGGAAGACCUAAUUCUACAGCCAUGGCUGCCUGCUGCUGCUGCUACAAUAAUAUCUAUUCAUUUUUUGUCGUCUUCUUGUUUCUUGUCUCCUCUUUUUGUCCAGUGCUGUCUCUAAAUUUCAACGAUUCCAAUCACCAGUUCUUCCCUGGAAACGGAAUUCAAAAUCUCAAGCUUGUCAGGGCCCAUGUCAAGAAAAUCAACAAACCUUCUGUUAAGUCAAUUCAGAGCCCUGAUGGCGAUAUCAUAGAUUGCAUAUUGUUUCACAAGCAGCCAGCUUUCGAUCAUCCCCAAUUUAAAGGACAGAAGCCCUCGUAUCCACCGGACCGGCCAAAGGGGCGGCGGCGCAAGUCGAACACGGGCGUGUUCAGGCAAAACUUUCAGCUGUGGAACACGGCGGAGGAGUCAUGCCCGGACGGCACGAUUCCGGUUCGGAGGACGACGGAGAAAGACGUUCUUAGAGCGAGCUCGAUCCAAUCAUUUGGGAAGAAGAUAAAGAAGCCUACUGUAAGAGAUUCUUCCAGCAACGGCCAUGAGCACGCAGUUGGGUAUGUGAGUGGAAAUGAAUACUACGGAGCGAAAGCAAGCAUCAACGUGUGGGCCCCACGAGUAGACAAUCCCUACGAAUUCAGCCUGUCGCAGAUGUGGGUCAUUGCAGGCUCCUUUGGUGAUGAUCUCAACACCAUUGAAGCUGGCUGGCAGGUGAGCCCGGAGCUUUAUGGGGACAACUAUCCUAGGUUCUUCACAUAUUGGACUAGCGAUGCAUAUCAGGCAACAGGGUGUUACAAUUUGUUGUGCUCAGGGUUUGUUCAGACAAACAACAAAAUCGCCAUUGGAGCUGCAAUUUCUCCUACUUCAGCCUACAAUGGCGGCCAAUUCGACAUCAGCUUAUUAAUAUGGAAGGAUCCCAAGCAUGGCAACUGGUGGCUGGAAUUUGGGAAUGGAAUCUUGGUAGGGUACUGGCCAUCGUUCUUGUUCAGCCAUUUGAGGGAUCAUGCAAGCAUGGUUCAAUUUGGUGGGGAGACAGUGAACAGCCAGAAUGAGGGUUUCCACACGUCGACACAAAUGGGUAGUGGCCAUUUUGCAGGCGAAGGGUUCGGAAAAGCAUCGUAUUUCAGGAACCUGCAGGUGGUGGAUUGGGACAACAGUUUGGUCCCUUUGUCGGAUCUUAAGGUUUUGGCUGAUCAUCCAAACUGCUACGACAUUCAGGGAGGGAGCAAUGGGGUUUGGGGGAAUUAUUUUUACUAUGGAGGGCCUGGGAAAAACCCUAGGUGUUCUUGAUUAUAUAUAUAUAUAUAUAUAUAUAUUAUUGAUUCAUCGAUUAAUUCAAGACGUACAAGAGAAGAGGGUGGGUAUGCAUGUGGUGAUGUUCUGUAUAUGUUUUUUUUGUGUUUAAUUCUUUUACAUGUUGUAUUUGGUAAAUUAAAUGGGAUGGAUAUUGUUAUUAGUUGGAAAUA